AUGGCGAAAAGAGGUGUAGGAAGACUACUAGUAGCAGGCAGAGCAAAAUACUGCAAGAUGCAUAAAUGGGGCUUAUCACCAUCAUCAUUAUCAGCGUUCCCAGGAGACCUUGAAAAGACGAAUACAUUACAUUUCCGAAAUUCGAUUUAUCAAACUCUCACAAAGAUGCCUCGUCGGUGUUGUGUUCCUGGUUGUAAGGGAAACUAUGAUACCACUCUGAAAGCUGAGGAUCCUGUCUCUACAUUUUCAUUCCCAAAAGAACAAGAGCUGUUGGAAAAAUGGAUCAGGGCCAUACCAAGAAAAGACUGGAUUCCUACAAAAAGUAGUGCAGUUUGUGCCAACCAUUUUUGUGACAGUGAUAUUGUGCGGUUCAGUGAAUUUACUUUGCCCAAUGGACAAAUAAAUAAAAUACCUCUGAAAUACCCCAAAUUAAACCAGAACGCUGUUCCAAGUAAGUUUUGCAAUCUCCCAAAAUAUCUAUCGCUUGAAACCAAAGCAAAAAGGACUGACCCCGAAAAAAGAAGAGAAGCCAUUAUCCAAAGGCAAGAAGAAGAAAUUGAAAACUUUUUAAAAACUGAUAUCAUAUCUUCUUUCUCUGAUUUGAAGGAGAAUUUUGAAAAACAAUGUAUUUCUAACUGGGAAUAUAAACUACAUGACCACAACUUGUACUUUUACAACUUAACCAUCGUUAUUUAA